AUGAUGCUAAAAUGCUGCACAUUAUGGGACAUGGAAAAGUAAUGAUUCUAGUGAUGAGUGACUUUACCAAGAAAAUGGAAGGAGAAUUUUGUCGCUGGGAAACAUGACGUACAAAUUUUUUAAACAAUGAAGUGCCGCCGCCCAAUCUUUCGCUCUUCUUCUUCUGCAAUGGUAUACCAAUCUCGAGAACACCGAAGAGAAAACAGAGGGGAGGGGAAGCAACGCAGUCAAAAUAAGAAAUUUAUACUCACAACAUUAUCAACGAAUUGCGUUGGAUAGCUUUCUUUCGUUUCUAAGGUCCACAUUUGCUUUUGUCCGCUCCAUGGUCCUUAGUUUCAAUAAAUUAUUUCACAGUUGUUUCGAUUCUAAGGACUUUAAGAUAUUUAAAAUAUUUCGACUUUGAAAAAUGGCCAUAAACCUAAAUCAACAGUAGCAGAUUUCCAAGCAUCCUAUAAGAAUCGAGAACAAAGGCAAUAUUCUGAGGAAUGCCCCACCAUUAUUAUCAGCUUGUCUUCCACUCUCCCUUGCCCAGCCAAAAAAAAAAACGCAACCGUUCUCUUUUUUUUUUUAUGAACAAAAUGAAAACUACUACUGCUUGUAUAUUUAAGGUCCGUCAACACAAACGAUACCUCUAUUAACGUAUGGGAGUAAGAGAAAUCCAAGUGGCAGGCCACAACCACAGCCUUAUAAUCCACGAACUUGAUGAUGUCUAUGACUCAGCCACGGGUCGUCCGCUCACCGGUUCAUGGCUCUGGGACUCAGCCCUUGUUUUGUCCCACUGGAUAUCCACUCACCUUAAUUUUCAAGGCAAGGCUGUCCUCGAGCUCGGAGCUGGAGCUGGCCUCCCUGGGUUGACAGCGGCUCUGCUUGGUGCCAGCAGAGUAUUGCUUACCGACGUCCAACAGCUCCUUCCUGGACUCUUGAAGAACGUUGAAGCUAACGGUUUCAAAGAAAGGGUUGAAGUGAAAGAACUCGUUUGGGGAUCGGACGAGUCAAUGAGUGAAAUCAGAAUGUCAAGCAUGUUUGAUGUGGUUUUGAUGAGUGAUCUGUUUUUUGACCCAGAAGAAAUGACGAGACUGGGCAGGACGCUCAAAAGGAUCUGUGGAGAAGGCACUGAAGUUUGGGCGGCUAGCGAGUUGAGGCCUUGGACCAGUGAAUGCUUGAACCAAUUGAUGGCUCAAGGCUUCCAAGUUGUCGAGUUAGUGACUCAGCUCUCUGUUCAAGAGGGUGUGGAAGAUUCAAAUGCGUUUGCAAUCUUUCAGAUCAUACCACCGCUUGCAGACAGAUAUGAGUUCUCAACAACCACCUGUGACUAUGUUUUAGAAGAAAACUUAAAUCUUCAAUGACAGAUUGAAAGCCCAGGCUCAUUUUGAGUCAUU